CAGGGCAGGGCAGGGCUGGGCAGGGCUGGGCAGCGCCCCGCAGGCUCCGGUCCUCCCCGUGCCGAAUCCGUCCCCCGAGGGCUGCGGGAGGCGGCAGCGGGCUGGGGGGGGGGGCGGGCAGACAAAGAGCUGCCCCCCGGGCGGGCACCGGCAGCGGUGCCGCGGCGUGCCGCCAGCCUCGCCCUGCCGCCCGUCCCUCUCCGCCUUUUAUUUUUAAUUUUCACCGUUUUUCCGCGCCGCGUCGGCUCGGGGCGGUGCGGGCAGGGGUGCGAGAAGUGGCAGCAACAGUUGUACGCGGCGAGAGUUGGCGGCCGGGCGUCGUGAGGAGGAAGUGCUGCGGGAGGCUGUGCCGGGGGAGCUUUCGGUAUUGAGCCCAGCGCGCCCCAAAUCACCUCAUCGCGCCCCAAAUCGCACCAUCGCACCCCAAAUCGUACCAGCGCGCCCCAAAUCGUGCCAGCUUGUCCCACGCUGUCAUCCAAAGGGAAUAUCCAAUGCAGAAAUAACGCCCGCUGGCUGACUGCUGUGGUCCUGGGAGCUGCCCUCCUUGUUUCUCUUCCAGCUGAACCCUAGCUCUGUCAGGAAAGUUGUGCGUCCUCAAGGAAAAGGCUGAAGGUUUUGGAACGGAUGCUGGAAGAUGUUAGCUGUGGAUACUGGGAUUGUGGAGGAGUGGUUGUCGGAGUUCAAGACCUUGCCAGAGGCAUCCAUAUCCAGCUAUGCGACAAACUUGAAAGACAAGACUGCUCUGAUUUCAUCUCUUUACAAAGUAAUUCAGGAGCCACAGAGUGAACUUCUGGAGCCAGUCUGCCAUCAGCUCUUCGAGUUCUAUCGCAGUGGUGAGGAACAAUUACUGCGAUUCACGCUGCAGUUUCUACCAGAACUGAUGUGGUGCUACCUUGCCGUCUCAGCCAGCAGAGAUUUGCAGAGCAGUGGAUGCAUAGAGGCCCUUCUCCUAGGAGUUUACAACUUGGAGAUAGUUGAUAAAGAGGGACAUAGCAAAGUGCUGAGUUUCACGAUUCCAUCUUUAUCCAAACCUUCAGUAUAUCAUGAACCUUCCAGCAUUGGCUCCAUGGCUCUGACUGAAGGAGCUUUAUCCCAGCAUGGUUUGUCCAGGGUUGUAUACAGUGGACCUCAUCCUCAGAGGGAGAUGUUAACAGCACAGAACAGGUUUGAAGUGUUAACUUUCCUUCUGCUCUGCUACAAUGCUGCCUUAAGCUACAUGCCUGCAGUUUCUCUUCAGUCACUGUGUCAAAUUUGUUCAAGAAUUUGUGUCUGUGGAUAUCCCCGCCAACAAGUGAGAAAGUACAAGGGAGUAAACUGCAGGAUUCCAGUUUCAUCUGAAUUCAUGGUGCAAAUGCUAACAGGGAUUUAUUAUGCCUUUUAUAAUGGAGAAUGGGAUCUGGCUCGUAAAGCUAUGGAUGACAUUUUGUAUAGAGCACAGCUAGAACUGUAUCCAGAACCUCUGCUGGUUGCUAAUGCAAUAAAAGCUUCACUGCCUCAGGGUGCCAUGAAAUCUAGUAAAGAAGGCACAAGGUGUAUUCAGGUUGAAAUUACACCUACUUCCUCCAGGAUAUCAAGAAAUGCUGUGACUAGUAUGUCUAUCCGAGGGCAUAGAUGGAAAAGGCAUGGUAAUACUGAUCUAGGAAUUGAAGAAGAACUGAUAGAAGUAUCUGAAACUGAUGAAGGGUUUUACUCUAGGGCUGCAUCUAGCACGAGUCAGUCCGCCUUACCUAACAGCAGCAACACAAGCAGUAAGAACCUUUUAGGGAAGAGCCAACGAAGAUCUGGAGGAAGCAAAGCUGGAGGAAAAGAAAAAGAAGGAGAAACCUGCAGAGAUCACUUGUCACGAAAACAAACUCAGAGAGCCAUGAGCGAGAAUCUAGAACUUGUUUCCUUGAAGAGACUGACACUGACAACCAGCCAGUCCCUGCCUAAACCUGGUAGCCAUAGUUUGGCCAGAACUACCACUACUGUGUUUAGUAAAUCAUUUGAACAGGUCAGUGGUGUCACAGUUCCAAAUAAUCGUGGUGGUGUAUCUGGUACAGAGGCAAACAGGUUCUCAGCUUGCAGUCUUCAGGAGGAAAAACUGAUCUAUGGAACAGAAAGAACAGACCUUCCUCUUUUAAGCAAGCAACCUAACCAGCAGCGACCUCCUAGUAUUAGUAUAACUUUGUCAACAGAUUGAUAUCAUGAAUUAGCAAGUAUGAAAAAAGAAAUAUGGGGUUGUAUGCCAAUAUUGGUACCGUACAGUAAGCUCCUUAAUGUACUCUACAUUACUUUCUUAAACCUCAAGCCCAUACAUUCUUAUUCAGCUCACAUUUGACAGUAAUAGUGAAUAGACUACAGUUUCAAUUAUUUUGCAUCAACUUCUAAUAGCUUGUUAUGUUCCUCUUUUGACUCACUGUAUUUAUACUCCUGAUUGCUUAUGGCUUUGUGUGAAGUUUACAGCUUUACCAGAUUUACAAACAUUGGUUGUUCAGCCACUGGCCAAGAUAUCUGGCUUUUUACAAAUGCAGACCAUGGGAACAAAUAGAUCCUCUUUCCCAGAUUCUACUUUUCAAUACUUCUUGGCAUAGGCAAAACUGCAAGUAUUUUUUUUUUAUUUAAGAGGAGCCUUAUGGCAUGAGCGUAGAAUUUUGAAAUGGCACUGUUAGAAUAUAUGAGUCAUGAGAAAGCUGUACUUACAUGCAAGGUUAAAACUGGAAGGCAUUGGUCAGUGUGUGAUGUUAUGGAUGGUUUUCGUAAUGUUAGUCAGUAUAUACUGCGGUGUUCAUACUUCUGUAUGCCUAUAUGUGUCUAAGGUAUAGAUGCAUUUUGGAUUCUAUAUGUAUCUUUGAAACUGGGUCAAAAGUCAUAUGGUAGCAGUACUUGUGUAUGGCAGUUCUUAUCAACUGCUGUAAUAGUCACUUUUCAGACAACAAGUGUGACUGACUCUGUAUCCCUUUCGUACUUUUAAAUAGCAAGCACAAAACUACUCAUUGAAAAGUUGCCAUCAUCAAUAGUUAUUACUUACGAGGAAGAGAUGUGCUUAUGUAAGGGCAUUGUAGAAAAUGAACCCUUUGCACUGAAUCAAGCAAAUCAGGAGCGUAAAUGCGUUUCACAUGAACUUGUUACUUGAGACUUAGAGAAUACUACCAAAGGAUGUGUACUUUCAGUAACUUGCAAGCACAAAGGGAAAUUAUAAUGUAAAUAUAACUAGCAGUGUAAUUCCUAAUUUUUUGUAUCUAUUAUUUUUCUAGUUAGAAAUUCUAGAAGAGCAACAUGUUCAAGGUUACUUAACCUUUAACCUUCAGUCAGUUUGGUGACCUUGUUUGAUACCAACUUUUAUAAGCUUAAGACUUCAAUUAAAAAUGAACAUUAAAACUACUUAUGCAGAAAUUUGGAGAAGCAAUAGCAGACAAAAGCACUUCAGUGGCAGUGAUUAUCCGAGAGACAGCAUAUUAUUGUGUGUGUAGAAUCAAGGUGAGGAUCUAAUGCAUAGUCAUUCCCAACUGUCCAGGUGUCUGCAGCUAGUCAUCCCUUUUUGUUGAAAACGUAGAAAGACCUUGUGACAGACCAAACACUAAAAUUCUAGGAGACUUUUCUGUCUGCCUGGAGAUAAGUUUAGGCAUACCUAUUUUGACUUAUACUGAAGCACAAGUAACUUUUAAGCAGCUAAUGUUAUUCAGGUUUAUGACUGGUUGAUUAAUGAAAAGAAAUAAGAAGAUAUAGUUGACAGGGUUAAGUUGUAGAAUUCUACUACUUAGACAGCGGACUAGAUGUGUACAUUUCUUAAUAUUCACUAAAGCAGCAGAAUAGCUACGUUGGUCUAUAGAUGUUUGUCUUCAACUGAGAGUCUGAGUUUAAAUGAAUGUGACACACUUUCUUGUAUUCUUCAGUUUGUUGUGUGACAUUGUUUUGUUUUAGUACUGCAGUAUUUCACCUUACAGUGAAUGUUUUUGUAAUUGUACAUGAAAAUUUACAUUCCCAUUGUAUAAACAAGAAGCUUGUCUUGUUUAGUGUUUAAUACUUUGGCCAGUAAAAUAAACUGGUGUAUUUUUUUGGAAGUUACAUACUUUUGUAAAUACUUAAUACAGCAGAAAAUUUUGCCUUUUUACUUUUUUUUAUUUUUUUCCCCUGAAAUACACAUUAGAUGACAAUAUAUUUGUUUCAGAUUGACUAAUAUAUGUGGUUGCUGGAGCAUGCAUAAUGACAAGCAAUGGAAAAGUUUCAGGCAGCUGAUUGCAGACAUUGCCUAGAAGUACAUAUACCGAAUGUAAAGCUUUUCCUUUCCUUGAAAUUUAUAUUAGAUGUGAUGAAGAAAUAACCUGCAGAACUUAGGGCUGCCUCCUGAUCUGUUCUUGAAGAGUCAUAUUUAACAAUACUGUGGAAACACCUUACAGUAACUAACAUAGAAACAAAAACUGGGAUAGACGAAUAAAAUUGCAAUUGACAAAUGUUUGUUGUGACAGUAUUAUUUAUGAGUUAGUGCUAAGAAACUAGAACUUAUAAGUACUUCUGUUGGGUUUGUUUCGUUUCAUUUAGUUCAUGAUCCUUUCAGUUAUCUCCACAGUAGAUAUUACUUCAAGCUGGGUGUUGAUGUCAAAGGUGUUUAUUACACCUGGAAGAUCUGGCUUCUUCAGCUGUAAAUCAUUGGAAUUUUGAGGCAACUAAAAUGCCAUAAAGUGUAGAUACAUAACAUGUUUGCAAUGCUGUUGGCUACAAGUCAAACAGUGUUAAAGUUAGUUUAUCCUUUUGUUUUAUACAGCUAAUUAUUCUAACUGCGCUCUGGCUUGAAUCCAAAAUAGAAACUGUCAUUGGUACAACUGAAAUUGUGUAAGGAUUUAUUCUUCCUGUAGAAAAUGGUAAAAAAGAAAGUUUCUUGGUACCAGACACUGCUGCUUCCAUACAUGUGUGACGUUGUGUAAAUGUGUCUGUGUUAGUCUCCAGAGCGACUUGGAGAAUGAGCAUGUUUUUAUGAACUGACAUCACACUUUGAUACUGAUCUAGUCUACAGAAUUUCUUUACUGAUGUAAGUAAUAAAACUUUCAGCUGUGCUUCUUUCUUUUAUUUAAAAGUAUGAAAAAAUGGGAAUGGGGGAGGAAGGGCAGAAUUAUUUGUUGUCCAAACGUGCAUCUUGACUUCCAUAAGACACGUUGUGCUGUUUGCAGUGCAGAACUGGAGGGGGUUGGGGCAGGAAUCAUAGUUAUUAAUUCUUUCCCAGUGUUUCUAAAAUUUGGAAGGCCUUGGAUUUGGAACAUCAUCUACUUGUUUUAUACUGACGGAAGAAAAGCGUAUAUUAAAGAAGCAGAGGUCUUCUAACAGCACAGGGAAAAUAUAUGAAGACAUUACAUAUUGUAGUCUACCCGGUAGUAGGUAGUUCUGAUGAAUACACUCCAAACGUCACACACAGUUGCAACAUUCUGCUGGAAAAAAAAAUGUUAUGUAGGAGUGAAUCAUCUCAAAUUAUAAUGAGAGAAGUUGUUUAAUGCUGACAUUUAUAACUGACCUUACUGUUUUAAUCAAAGGGAACUGUUUGCGACGAUGGCUUUGAAAAGCAACAUUUUUGAAACUCUUGACAGCAGAAUAGAAUUGUUUUUGUUGUGAGAAUCUAUAGCAUUUGUGCAAAAGGAUUAUGACCUCUAACCAUUUGAUCUAGAGCUACAAUGACUUCUGAAAGGGGAUGUUGAAUUCUCUUAAAUACCUGACAGAUUCAUCAGGUACAGAAAUACAUACCUUUUAGCCACACUUCUCUCUAAGUAGGUCUCUUCUGAUUUCUCUGAGAAUUUUAGAGAUUUCUAACUUAAUUGUCUAACUUUUGUCACAGUUUGAGGCUUACAAUACUAUAUAUAGAUAUGUAAUAUAUUGAUAUUUGUAUAAUUUUAAGACAGCAGACUAGAUGUGUACAUUUAAUAUUCACUAAAGGCAGCAUAGUAGCUGUGUCAGGUGAUAGAUGUUUGUCUUCAGCUGAGCCUGAGUUUAAAUGAAUGUGCCACGCUUUCUUUAUACCCUUCAGUUUGUUGUGUGACACUUUUGCUUUAGUACUUCAGUAUUUCACGUUACAGUGAAGUGUUUUUGUAAUUGUACAUGAAAAUUUACAUUCCCAUUGUGUAAACAAGAAGCUUGUCUUGUUUAGUGUUUAAUACUUUGGCCAGUAAAAUAAACUGGUAUGUUUUUUUU